AUGGAGCACAAAUCAACUAGAUCACCGAGCCCCUCCACGUCGUCUGGGUUCUUUCCACUCAGACGACAUGGAUCCAAAGCCUCUCUGGCUACUACAAAAACCGAACGGGAACCGAAUCAGGCCACUUUGGACCGGAUUCACAACGCAGAAUAUCAUUCCGACUCGUACACAUGGUUCCACGAUUUCACCGGUCCACCGACACCCGUAUCGGGACAAGAUGAUAAAGGCCUGUCGGAGGAGUUGCAGGGAGGUCUGAGCGGGCUAUACACUCGCUUCAGAAGCUCCGUUGGUGGCAUCGUGGGCGGUGGAACGAAGACGGCAAACAAAAGUGCAGCGGAGUGUCCUGCACUCAAAAGUCCCACCUCAGAGCGCUCCGUGACGAAGUCUACCUCGAACUUGGCUGUGAACUCUGGAGAGGCUGCACCAUCUCAUCCUGCCUCGUCCCAAGCCUCGAGACUCCAUUCACCGGUCGCGGCAAACUUCCAGCAUGUUCAGGACACCGCCCCCGCCCCGCCAACCAACACCGGAAAGAGCUCGAAAAUUCCGUCUAAGAGUGCCAGCAUAUCUUCGAAGGCCUCGAUUCCACCUUCUUCGGCUGCCAAGAGCAACCUUGCGCCUUUGACCAAAUCUGCGGGUAGCUCCACCGCAGCCGAUCCGGCGAUCACACAACUCCAUGUAAACGCCAUGGGGCCAGAUCACCGCUCGAGAAGGAGCUCUGUAAAUGUCCCUUCUUCGGGACUCAAAAAUACAGAAUCUUCGAGUAUCGGAGACCGGGAUGGCCCGGCAGAUUUAUCUUUGAGUCAGUCGUCAGUCGCUGGACAGAGCACUUCGCAUUCACCAGUGCUGUCUACGAAAACGCAUGAGAGUUUGCAUGAUGACCAACUCCAGUUCGAUGCGGCCGGAUCUUCCAUGUCGGGAAGCCAUGUAUUGGCUAGCCAACCUAGAAAGUCUUCCGUAUCCGCAGAUCAGCCAAGACUUCCGGAAGAUUUGUCUCAUUCUGCUAUAUCGCGAACUUCAAAGCAGUCUGACUCCGACAGGGAAGUGUCGUCUCAACUCCAGGAGGACAGAUCGAGUUCCCGGUUGUCUUUUAGUCAUGCUGAGCCUUCUAGCACGUCGUCAACAACUUCAAAUACUCAGCCGAGUUCCAACCCUCAGAGUACUCGUGAUGUCCGUCGUGAAGAGACCGGGAAUAACGUCGCACAGAAAAUCUCGUCCUUUGCCAAAUCCAGCGAGAUGUCCAACCAGGUCGCACUCAAUGUCAAGCACAGACUACCGGGUUACGUGAUGUCUCGAACGACUACAGCAGAUUCGGCUGUUACUACCUCUUCUUUGCCACUUAUCAACACGGCCGUCCCCGGGUCUCCGCACCACCAAUGCCAAAAAGUCGACCAUCAGCAUCUGGAUCCGAUGGCGUCAACCCCGAGCUACGAAAGAGAUUACUCAGCAGGGAUUUUUGGAUGCGUGAUGAAAAUGCGAAGGAUUGCUUUCAUUGCGGAGAGCCUUUUACCACGUUCCGAAGAAAGCACCACUGCCGUACCUGCGGUCAGAUUUUUGAUUCGAAAUCCUUGCGAGAGGAUGAUAAAUGCGAACGAAGACGACUCUUCCGAUUUUUCAGAAAGCGACCACAGCCCCGUUGCGAUGAAUCAUCGAAUCUCUGAGCUGGGCUGGGGUGGCACUGGCCGUCCUUCUGUGGAAGACGACGACUCUUCGUCUAUUGUUUCUCAAUCUAUUGAUCAUGUCCUUCGAACCCCGACCAUGGCCAUACCAGCCACGCGCCGAGCAGGCGAAGGGCACAAUCGCCGGUCGGCGGUUCUCGAAAUCAAUCCCGAGCGUUCUCUGGCAAGACCAACUUCAUCGCGAUCCUUGAGAUCAUCCCUGGGAAAUAGAUCGUAUUCGAUCAGUCACAAACGGCACCACUCUCGCCAACAAUACAUACGGAGCUUCAAGCCCUCCCAUGAUGAUCAAGCCCCAUUUCAGCGCCGUCAUCCUGAUUAUCUGAGCACCGAGGCCCGCCUUCCUGCAUUCCACAGAGACAACAUCAUUGAUCCUGACCUUGCUCAGUAUCUUUCGGAUGAUGCUUCAAGUGGCGAUGAACAGCCUAAUCUGUUGUCUGCUGCAACAGAGACAGGUCUAUCGAAAAGCCCCGGCGACAGUGAAAAGGCCACAUUUGGUGGUCUUCUUGCUGCAAUGAAGAAGGGUCGAUCAGCGCUCGCUCCCAACUUCGGCCAAUUUGGUCGAGAUGCAGACGAUGCUAGCAUCAGUAGCUCAAGGGCGGUGAAUUUACCUCGUUCCUCUCGGCGUCGUAAUUUGAGUGUGGCUAGCAGCGUCCACCAACGCCAAUCUCCUAGAACUUCCAAGGAUAGCAUGUUCCCACAAGAGAUGUCUGCAUCGGCCAUUCCGUUCCCCGUCAAACUAAGGGAAGCUGGGUUUAACGUGAUCAAAAGUUCAUCGCUGAAAGGAAGCGGUGCCCCGUCAGUUGACCUUAAUAAGCCUAGCCUGGAGCAUGUUCGAAGGCUCUUGCGCCAACUUCUUGUUGCGGCUUCUGUCCCUCAUCAGCACAGUUGGGAAAAAGCCCUGAUGCCAAUCUUACUCAAGGCUGCCGAUGAGGUGGACCCAGACGUUCGGCGUGGCGACGACAUGGACAUUCGCCAUUACGUCAAACUGAAGAAGAUCCCUGGCGGACGGCCUAGUGACACAUCUUAUGUUUCCGGCUUGGUCUUCACGAAGAACUUGGCUCUCAAGGGUAUGUCACGAAGCCUUCCAUGCCCAAACAUUUUGAUCAUCACAUUCCCACUGGAGUAUGCUCGCCAGUCGCAACACUUCAUGAGCCUAGAACCUAUCAUUCGCCAAGAGCGUGAAUUUUUGGGUAAUCUUGUUAGCCGCAUCGCAGAACUCCGGCCGAACCUACUGCUUGUUCAGAAUAAUGUUUCUGGACUAGCCUUGGGUCUCCUGGAGAAGGCAGGCAUCGCAACUGCAUACAAUGUAAAGCCUUCUGUCCUAGAGGCCGUAUCGAGGUGCACCCAGACGAGGAUUGUGACCUCGAUGGAUAAGCUCUUGACAACUGAGCUGUGCAGCAAGUGCAGCAGCUUCGAUGUCAAAACAUACGUUCAUUCUGGAAGAAAGAAGACGUACAUGUACAUCUCUGGAUGCCCGAAGGAACUAGGCUGCACAAUUGUUCUUCGCGGCGGCGACGAGGAUGUUCUUGCGCAGGUCAAACAUAUCGCAGAGUUUAUGAUUUAUGUCGUGUAUAACCUGCGGCUUGAAACAUUCUUCAUGCGUGAUGAAUUUGCAAAGCUACCAGCAUCCCCUGCUGUCGCCUCGGCCGACGAGGACAAGAUUAUCAAAAGCAAUGAUUUCUCGAAUGAAAGCAAACCCGACUCCAUGAACUUGUCCUCCCAGUCAAGUACGGCCGAGAAAUUGGGCGACGAAUCACCGGCAGACAGCAAGGCGUUGGUGGCCGCGGAAACAGUCGACGUCCCGGACGAUAUUCCAAUGCCGACUUACUUCAACAACAUUGUGCACGACCAUGAGACAAAGAUCCUAUCCGCUUCUCCCUUCGUCAAGUUUGAGCCCCCAUAUCUGUUGAUGCGAGCCAGAGAGAUGGAGCGAAGACUGGCAUACCUCAAGCGUCUUCGUGAUCAUGAUGAAUACUCCGGAGAAAACAAAGAGGAAAAAUCAAAGCCCCAGAAGUUCAUUCUUAUUACACCUGAGAUGGUUCAUCAAUCUCCACGCGAGGCUCCACCGAAAGUCAAGGAAGUGCUGCGUGCUGCGCAUGAUGCAGAGUAUGACCGGGUCUUCUAUCACUACCAAACCCAGAAAAAGCAGUGGGAAGCCUACGUCGCCGGCAACAAGAACAUGUUCGAUACAUACUCACAUCAGAACAUUGUUGUUCUGUACAGUCUUGUAUGCACAACAACGUCAGUACCCUGCGCGGGGCCUGAGUUGGUUGCACUGGAGUUCUACAACGAGCAUGGCGACGAUGAAGUUUAUGACCGGGACCUGACGCUAGGCCAAUUUGUGCAUGACCUCUGCUCAACAGCAUCUCAUGUCUGCAUGGCGAAUGGUUGUGAGAAGCUCUUGUUUGAACACAAUCGCCAGUACGUCCACGGAGAUGCCCAGCUGAGUGUGAUGAUCCAGCCCUGUCCUCCCAAGCUUCGUGGGCUACAGGAAACCAUUUUGAUGUGGAGUGCGUGCAAGAUCUGUGGCAACGAGACGCAAGUUACACGCAUGUCUGAGAAUACUUUCAAGUAUUCAUUUGGCAAGUACCUGGAGCUUUCCUUUUGGGGUCGCAACCUGCACGCACGUGCUGGAGUCUGUCCUCACGAUCUUCAAAGAGACUACUUUCGUUACUUUGGCCUCAAAGAUGUUGCGAUACGUAUUCAGUACGACACGGUCUACCCCCUUGAAAUCAUUGUUCCUCGUCCUCGGGUUACUUGGAAAGUCGACAACGAUCUGAAGCUGCGCAACGAAGUCUACGCACGAAUUGAGCAACGGCUUAGCAAGUUCAUGUUGUCCGUCGUGUCACGACUGAAGGGGAUCAAUGUUGAGAGUGUCGUACCCGAACUCUUGGACCCCUGCCGAAAGGAGAUCGAUGAUUUGAUCAAAAAGGCCCAUGAUGAUCACGUCAGCUUAAUUCGACAAUUGCAAGACAAAUACACGAGCUCUCGCUACUGGGAGAUGAUUCCCUUCAACCAAGUGCUUCGUGCGGCGCAAGAGAAGGUGGUUGAAUGGGACACCAUUUUUGUGGAUUUCGAGCAAAAUUUCUUCCCGUCAGAGAAAGACAUCAAACGCAUGGCAACUUUGCAGCUCAAGAAAAUUUUCCUCGACAAGGACGCGACAUCCGUUACUUCCGAAGACCCUCUGCAUACGCCGACUGAUGUAGAGGACGAAGGCACUGCCGAGUCAGACAAGCCGCGAAUCUUGCGCCGCAUGACUCUUUCUCCGGAAAAGGCCCAAAAUGUCCUAGUUUCGGUCGUCGAGGAACACGCUGGUAAAAAGAACCGUGGCAUGCCACAUGAGACUGAACGGCCCCCGCCUGUAGCUCCAGGCGAAGAAGCAAACUUGCCUAUGGGUGCUGUCGAUGAGAAGCAAUCCCCCCCCAAGACGAGGCUGUUGCGCAAGAAGAACUCGGAUACGCCCACAGGCCCCAUUGAAGUCGAACCCGGCAAGGCAAUUUUCGAUUCAUCGUCUCCGAAGUCUCCCAAGUCUAUCGUGCAGGAAGGUUGUCACAGAAAGCAAGACAGCUUGAAUAAUCUCCCAACUACGCCGCCCAGUCGCCCUUCGGCAAUUCCAAGACUUGCUGAAGGGGCUUUCAGACGGUCCGGUCAAGCACGCUCUCCCCCGCUGUUGCGCACCCAGUCGCAACCUUCCAACCUUGUCCAAGAGAAAUCCUUUGGGUUGAAGCUUGGUCCGACGAAUACCAAUGACUCUAACAAUUCCCGUGGGGAAUCAACCAAGACCACGGAGAAAUUGUUCACCGAGCGCCUGGGUCUGUCUGCUCUCAAGAACGGACGCUUUGCUCCAGGUCACUCUCUUAUCCCUCGGUCGACUCCAAAGCGAGGAAGUACCCACGUAUCAAACCUUGCCAGGCAUUUUGAGCAGUUGAGUCGAGAGUUCGAAAGGGAGAGACAACGUGAGAGACGACAGCGGGCCCGUGGAGCCCAGUCGCGUGCCUUCCCCCUGGCGUCUUCUAAGCCUAUAGUAGAGGUUUAUAGAAACGUCCAGGAAGCUGUGGAAGAGCGAGAACCCCCAGUUGAUGGAGAAGAGGCUGUGGCGGCAGCACCAGAAAUCCCACUCCACGAAUCUAGUGGGAAGAGUGAAGAUCUCAUGGACCAAACAGAGCAUCCGUCCACGACCAUGCCUAUCUCUGGAGAAUCUCCAACGGAAGCCUUCGAACCAGGGAGCAUUGUACUGACUGACUCCAACCUGGUAUCAGAAGGUGAUCCCGACGAUAACGCAAGUGAUGAAGAGCGGAACACCGCAGAAGAUCUCCACCCGGUUGAAUCCAAUGAUGAAAUCAAGCUGCCGGAUGAUGAUUCAAUCGACUUCAAGGAUCUCCCUAAACACGAACGAACAACACUUCUGAAGAUGUUGACCAACUUCUGGUCCGAGCGCUCAGCUAGUGGCUGGACAGCACUCGAAUAUCCUCUUGGUGUGAUGGACCACGUCUUCUCGGACAGUGAUAUCAUUGUGCGAGAAGAUGAACCCAGCUCCCUAGUUGCAUUUGCACUCGGCUCGUCUGACUACAAGGAAAAACUGUCAAGCAUCCAGCGGCGGUAUGACGAGAUGGAGGGCUAUCAGGUAGAUCCUUCCAUGGGGCCUGAGGCUCUCGAAGAAUCUCGAACGGAAGCUGCGCUCUUGCGAGAGACGGGCACUCAUCUUAAGUAUCAGUUCCAGGAGGGACAGGCUAAGAUGCUUUGCAAGGUGUUCUUCGGCGAGCAAUUCGACGCGUUACGCAAGAAGUGCGGAGUGGCAGACCGAAUAGUGGAAUCACUGUCUCGGUGUGCCAAAUGGGAUUCAAAGGGAGGUAAAACCAAGUCUAUCUUCCUCAAAACGCUUGAUGAUCGAUUCAUUCUCAAAUCGCUUUCUACCGUCGAAACCUCUGCUUUCCUUAAAUUCGCUCCUGCGUAUUUCCGGAUCAUGUCGGAGACAUUGUUCCAUGAUAUGCCGUCCGCCAUCGCCAAGAUGUUUGGCUUUUAUCAAGUUAUCAUCAAGAACCCCUCCACAGGAACAGAAUUCAAUUGGUUCCUUUUGCUCAUGGAGAACUUGUUCUACGAUCGUGUUCCGAAUCGAAUCUUCGAUUUGAAGGGCUCGAUGCGCAACCGCAAGGUCCAAAGCACCGGCGAACGUGACGAGGUGUUGUUGGAUGAAAACAUGGUCGAGUUCAUCUACGAAACUCCCUUGUUUACACGCGAGCAUGCGAAGAAGCUGCUCGGGCAGAGUGUAUGGAAUGACACUCUGUUCCUAAGCCGACAGGACGUCAUGGACUAUUCGCUCAUGAUUGCGAUUGAUGAGAAGCGCAGCGAGCUCGUAGUCGGAAUCAUCGAUUGUAUCCGCACAUAUACCUGGGACAAGAAGCUUGAGUCCUGGAUCAAAGACAAAGGCUUUGCUGGUGGUGGCCGCAACCGCCCCACCGUGACCAGUCCCAAGGAGUAUAAGGUCCGAUUCCGAGAGGCCAUGGCACGAUACGUGCUGCAGGCACCCAGCUGCUGGCACCAAUUCCAACCGAGCGCAAUCUACCGUCAACCGCUCGGUGAGCCCCGCGUGUCCGAAGUCAACGACCUCGAAGCCUUCGAUGCGAGCGGAGAAGCAGAUGCCCCUCUGUAA